AUGUCGUUUUCGUUAAAUUGUUUAUUUCUAGGCGAAACUUCCUUUGAUAAAAUUUUUCCGAUUAUUGUGCCUGAUAAGAUUAUUGUAAAUAAUGCAGGAGUUCCUAUUAACCGUGUCAACAUUGGACAUUUUAAGAGAUAUAUCUGGUCUAUUAAUAAAGCUAAAUUUAAUUUUGAUGAUCCCGAUGUUAUGAAACUUUGGAAGGUUAAUAUUGAUGAAGAAAGUAAGCUUGGUGUUUUUACUGAAGAUGGUAUAAAGGACAAUCUUGGAGGUACAAAGAUGUUACCACAAAAAUUUCUUAAAGAGUAUUCUCCGAAGGAGCUUGAUUCACCUGAGAAUGUUCAUAUCAUGAUCGUAGUCCCCACUGCAGGUUCUUCCCAGCAAGGCGUUCCACAAGGUACAGUAUCUCCAGUUUAA